AUGUCGCUGGUGCUUCUUGCGAAUAUCUGUUCACACCUCCAGAAUGCCUCGAAGGCUCGACUCGGUCUAACUUCAAUACCGUCGACAAUUCUACAUCUUCGACUUGCACUUGCAUUGCAAAAUGCAGGAUUUCUAUCGACAGUCGUGCGUGGCGGUCAAGCUCCACCUCCGCCACACCUUCUCCUCAACCAUCCCGCUCCGAACAAUGAAGCAGCAGAAAUAGAGCCUGUCACACAAGAAAACGUUGCCUCGCGGAGAUUAUGGCUGGGCAUGAAAUAUUGGAACAGUGAACCGGUAAUCGAGAAGAUGCAGAUGGUAUCAAAACCGACAAGACGAAUAUGGAUGGAUACAGAGGGACUGUCGACAUUGGUUCUGGGCAGGCAGAGUGGCUACGUGAAGGGAUUACGGCGGCCUGGAGAGUGCUUGUUUGUCACAACGGAUAAAGGUGUGAUGGAGGCUAGAGAGUGCGUGGAAAAGAAGAUUGGAGGCAUGCUGUUAUGCCGAGUUUACUAA